UUGGUCUUCUUGUCAAGUCUGAGCUUCCCUCUUUUAUUGCCGAGUCCAAAUGCAUCAUUUACUAUAACCUCUUUCUCUCUCUCUUGAGUCUCAAUCUCUUUCUCUCUCUCUUUUUCCAUUGAAAUUGAUGGCAAGAGGGGGUGGACUCUCCAUUGAUUCAGAUCCAAUUGGGAGCAGCUUCUUCCACCAUAAGCCAAUUGUUCUCAACUCUUUUCCUGAAGACCACAAAAACAACCACAACCACAACCACAACAACAACAAGAAACUUAGUCCCAAUAACAUGGACAACAAAGUUAACAACACCGCCAAUAACAACAACAGCACCGCCACAAUCCCAUUCCAAGUCAACCUUAGCUCCUCUGAUGAGAAGAGACCCAUCAUCGAUGAAAUGGACUUCUUCUCUGAUAAUAAGAACAACAACAACAACAAGGAUCAUCAUGACACUCUUGUUGGCUCUGCCUCCACCUCUGCACCUCAUGAUCAUUCCACCAAUCCUGCUUUGUUAGAAUUCAAAGUAAACACUGGUCUGAAUCUUCUCACCACCAACACUAGCAGUGAUCAGUCCAUGGUUGAGGAUGACAUACCAUCCAAUUUGGAAGACAAAAGAGCUAAGAUGGAGCUGGUUGUUCUUCAAGCUGAGAUUGAGCGAGUGAAGGUGGAGAAUCAUCGCCUGCGGAGCAUGCUUGAACAGGUGAACACCAAUUACAAUGAGCUGCGGGUGCAUUUGGUGAGCUUGAUGCAGGGCCAGAAGGCUGGGGAGGAAGGUGGUGGAGACCAACAAAAACAAGUGUUUGAUGGAAAACUUGAAGGGGAGAGGAAACAAUCUGGGAAUGGUGGAGGAGCUCUGGUGCCGCGGCAGUUUAUGGAUCUCGGGUUGGCGACUAAUGCUGAUGUUGAUGAACCUUCACUCUCUUCAUCUGUGGGAAGAAGUCAGGAACAGUCAAAGUCACCUGCAAAUAAUGUGGAGGUGGGCUCUGAUGAAGACAAGAAGGAAUUUUCUAGUGCCAUAAUUGAAAGAGAGGAUAGUCCCCCAAAUCAAGGUUUAACUGCUAAUAGCGUUCCAAGGUUCAGUCCUCCGGGAAAUGUUGAUCAAGCUGAAGCCACCAUGAGAAAGGCAAGAGUUUCGGUUAGAGCUCGAUCAGAGGCAUCUAUGCUCACUGAUGGGUGUCAAUGGAGAAAGUAUGGGCAGAAAAUGGCCAAAGGAAACCCAUGUCCUAGAGCUUAUUACAGAUGCACCAUGGCUGCUGGUUGCCCAGUCAGAAAACAGGUACAAAGGUGUGCUGAAGACAGAACAAUACUGAUCACAACAUAUGAAGGAAACCACAACCACCCUCUGCCUCCAGCAGCAAUGGCAAUGGCACAAACAACUUCCUCAGCUGCAAGAAUGCUGCUUUCAGGAUCAAUGUCAAGUGCUGAUGGCCUGAUGAAUGCAAACUUCCUCACAAGGACACUCCUUCCUUGCUCCUCAAGCAUGGCAACAAUUUCAGCAUCAGCUCCAUUCCCAACUGUCACAUUGGACUUGACUCACUCUCCAAACCCAUUACAGUUCCCAAAAAACCCAACCCAAUUCCAAAUCCCCUUCCCAGGUAUCCCUCAGAAUCUAGCAAAUUCCCCAGCCUCAUUACUGCCUCAGAUAUUUGGUUAUAACCAGUCAAAGUUUUCAGGGCUUCAAAUGUCUCAGAAUGCUUCUUCAGACCCUUCUCAAUCUCAACCACCACCACCACCUCACCUUGCUGACACAAUCAGUGCUGCCUCUGCUGCCAUUGCUGCUGAUCCCAAUUUCACUGCAGCUUUGGCAGCCGCCAUCACUUCCAUUAUUGGAGGAGCAGCGCAGCCAAACACCAAUAACAGUGCCAAUAAUAAUGGCAACACCAAUGUUACAUCAAGCAACAGCAACAAUAGCAAUGGGAAGCAAUAAAAUCAUUAUACCAAUUUUCAAAUUUCUCAUCAGGAACUAGCUAGCUCACAUUAUACUCUUUCAAUUUUUUGUCCCUUCAUUUUUGUUAGAUUUAUUUAAUUAUUUUCUCCCCUUCAUUAGGGCUCAAAAAAUAAGUUGAGCUGAUUUUUUUGUUUGUCCCAUUUGUUAGACUCAGGAAAUAUUGUCAUAUCAGAAAUAUAGUUGAUAUUCUUUAUCA